AAGCAGCAGCACCUUUUUGCAGGAGUGGGGUUUUUUAUUCAACAAGAAGUCCUGAAGGUUUUGGAUGCGGUGCUUUAGGGAUGUGGGCACUUUGAGAGCCGCAUCACCCUCAAACACCAACAACUGCCAUCGAUUUUUCUGUGAAUAGCCAAAAAAAGAGAAAGGAGAGAAAAAAAAGAAACAAUAGCAACAACAAAAAAAAUCUUAUUGAACAAUUCACUUUUCCAGUCUGUGGAUACCGCUCUAACUAAGUACAGCACUUUGAGAAUUGUUCACAUCGGACGGACUGAAGAGGGAGGCAAGACCUGUGGACCGGGUUUUCCCUCGCAAGUCUGAGUCGCUGCUUAUCCCGUGAAAGAAGAAGACCCUGAAGGAUAACACGCGUGGACGCUUAUCUGCCUAAUUUCACAGGAGGCUCUUUUUCACGCAAAUUCUCCUAAAUGUUUGGGAUUCAGGAAACUAUACCGCGGGGUGGGACGACGAUGAAGGAGGAACCGCUGGGUGGACUGAACUCGGUCCGCUCCUGGAUGCACACAGCUGGGGUGGUGGACGCAAACACAGCCGCCCAAAGCGGUGUCGGCUUGGCACGGGCACAUUAUGAAAAGCAGCCCCCUUCCAACCUCAGAAAAUCCAAUUUUUUCCAUUUCGUCCUGGCGCUGUAUGACAGGCAGGGUCAGCCCGUGGAGAUCGAAAGGACAGCUUUUGUGGACUUUGUGGAGAAAGAAAAAGAACCAACCAGUGAAAAAACUAACAAUGGGAUACAUUACAAACUACAGUUAUUGUACAGCAACGGUGUCAGAACAGAACAGGAUCUUUACAUACGGUUAAUCGAUUCCAUGACGAAGCAGGCCAUAGUUUAUGAGGGUCAAGACAAGAAUCCAGAAAUGUGCAGAGUUCUUCUUACUCAUGAAAUAAUGUGCAGCCGAUGCUGUGACAAGAAAAGCUGUGGGAACAGGAACGAGACUCCGUCAGACCCAGUGAUCAUCGACAGGUUCUUCUUAAAGUUCUUCCUCAAGUGCAAUCAGAACUGUCUGAAGAAUGCAGGCAACCCACGAGACAUGCGCAGAUUUCAGGUUGUCGUAUCGACGACCGUCAAUGUGGACGGCCAUGUCUUGGCUGUCUCUGACAACAUGUUCGUACACAACAAUUCCAAGCAUGGGCGAAGGGCUCGCAGACUCGACCCUUCAGAAGCAGCCACCCCAUGCAUCAAGGCUAUCAGCCCCAGCGAGGGAUGGACCACUGGAGGAGCUACUGUCAUCAUCAUUGGAGACAACUUCUUUGAUGGCCUACAAGUCGUCUUUGGCACCAUGCUUGUAUGGAGCGAGCUGAUAACUCCCCACGCCAUCCGUGUCCAGACUCCACCUCGGCAUAUUCCUGGUGUUGUGGAAGUCACGCUGUCCUACAAGUCCAAGCAGUUCUGCAAAGGUGCCCCUGGGAGAUUUGUCUAUACUGCCCUGAAUGAGCCAACCAUCGACUAUGGUUUCCAGAGGCUGCAGAAGGUCAUCCCUAGACACCCCGGCGACCCUGAGAGGUUACCAAAGGAGGUGUUACUGAAAAGGGCGGCUGAUCUUGUUGAAGCCCUGUAUGGAAUGCCUCACAACAAUCAGGAGAUCAUUCUGAAGAGGGCAGCCGACAUUGCUGAGGCCCUGUACAGCGUUCCACGCAACCACAACCAGAUCCCUUCUCUCGCUAACACAGCCUCCCAUGGCAUGAUGGGAGUCAACUCUUUCAGCAGCCAACUAGCAGUCAAUGUGUCUGAGUCACAAGGGAAUGACCAAGUGGGCUACAGCCGGAACACCAGCAGCGUGUCCCCUCGGGGCUACAUCUCCAGCAGUACCCCACAGCAGUCAAGCUACAACACCGUCAGCAACAGCAUGAAUGGCUACGGCAACGCCGGUAUGAACCUGGGAGUGCCAAGCUCCCCCGGGUUCCUCAACGGAUCCUCUGCCAACUCCCCAUAUGGAAUUAAACAAAAGAGCGCCUUCGCCCCUGUGGUCCGACCCCAGGCCUCCCCACCCCCUUCCUGCACCAGCGCCAACGGCAACGGACUGCAAGGUGAGCCCCCCUCACCCCCUCAUCCCUUCCCUACGGACUACUGGUCAGAUACCGCUGCUCAGGCCUCUGUCCGGUUUGCCAUGUCCGGCCUGGUUGUCCCACCAAUGUAAAUGCACUUUUGUCAUCAAAAGCACCAUUCGACACACUACCACUUGACAGGACACCCCCCCCCCUCUCAGCACACAGCAAAUUGCUGGUGCAAUGUACAGUCAAUCACUUGUUUUGUUUUUAAAGGACAGACGAAGAAAAGGAAAAUAAGGCUCUUUUUGUUUUUGUUUUUUAAUUUUCAAUGACUUUAAACACCUUCAAAAAAAGGGAUUUUGUGAAGAACGUUUUUUUUUUCUUGGUGAAAUUUUUGUUUUAAUCCCCCUUGGAAGAGGACACGGGAGGACGAAGGAUUUAUUUUGUAUACCUGUCGGGUUCGCCCUCGGACAUAUCUAAUUAACCACACACUCAGUACUGGAAGAGACUCUGUGAACUCAUCAUCUGGUUGUAAAGUUAAAAAAGAAAAACAGCAAAAAAAAAAAAAAGACAAACACUGUUGUACAGUACAUUUGCCAACAAACUUGUUUGCCUCAGAAAUAGUUUUCUUUUUUUCUGUUUCAACACUUUUAAUAGAUUCACAAAAGUUGUGUGUCUUUAUAAUGUGACUUUUUGUAUUUUUAUGUGUGACAAAAUUACACAGGGGCCAAGACAGUUUCAACUGGAAAAUAUAUGAAAUAUAUAAUGUAGAAAAUUGAUCAUAAAACCGCAGCAAAUACGACGGGGUGGGACUGGGUGGGCAAUGUUGUAUCAUGUUUCAUUCCUGCAUUUUAACUUAAAUUUUGUAAUUUAUUGUAGCUAGAAAUCAACUUCAAAAGUUUAAAAAAAAAAAAGAAAAAAAAAUUCCUCCUUAAUUCAACAAGCACACAGACGUGUACAAAACACUGCUCUCUUGAUGAAUAUGAUGUACUUCCACGUCUAGAGCUUCCUUUUAAGCAAGUGUGUUUUGCCAUGUUUUUCAACUUUUUUGCUAGCACUGUAUAUUAAUGCAUUCUAGGCUACUGUGAAGUCUGUUUCUUGUUAAUGAGGAGCAGUCUCCCCCUUCUAGCUCCAACUCCCUUAUGUGUUUUAUAUGUGGUUAAAAAUUGUAGACUAUUGUGAUAUUGCCAAACUUGUGCUAAAUAUUUAUACAUCUGUCUUUUUCAUGUUCUUUUAGACCAACAUUUAAAAAAAAGCAAAUUUAAAACCCAUUGAGAAUGUAGAGGUAUGGUAGUUCAUUGUCAUAUUUCUGUUUAAACACACACUUGCGCUCACUGAGGAAAAUUUUGUAACAUAUCAACUAUAAAUAAUGUAUUUAUCUCUGAAAUUUUGUAUAUUGCUUUUCAUUAUCUAUGUAUUAAUCGUCAUGCCCUUAAUAUAGUGAUGCAGCACAGAUAAUUCAGCCAAGAACUGUUGCCUUCAUUUGUUUUCUUUUUUGUAUUUGAUGAAAUGCAAUGUGCAUAUAUUUCAUGUGUAUCCUCAAACUUUGUGUUAUGCCGUCAAGACUCUCUGUCCAUUUUUUAAAGGGGAAGUCAAACUUCAUUGUUUAUUUUUAUAUUGAUUUUAAAUUAUCUAUACAGACCAUUUUGGAGAAAAAUUUGUUGGUUGUAUUGUCAAAUAAAUUGUUUGUGACCCAUAUGAUAGUUGUUAAGAUCCAAUAGAGACUAAUGUGCAUGAGGGACAGCCUUGGAGAUACAAAAAGCAAAAAAAAAAAAAAAAA